GGCACAGCCUAUGGUCGUGAAGAUGCGGAGGCGCGGCCCCGAGCUGCGUGUAGGUGAGGGCUGUGCCCCCGGAAGCCGGGCUGUCAGUGCGCGUCGGACUCAGCGUUCCACCCCCGAGUGAUACCCUCGCUAUGGCCGCCCCGCCGCAGCUGCGAGGUCUGCUCCUGGCUGUGAACGCGCUGUUGCGCAAGCGUCGGUACCACACUGCGUUGGCCGUGAUUAAAGGCUUCCGGAACGGAGCAGUCUAUGGAGCCAAAAUCCGGGCCCCUCAUGCACUGGUCAUGACCUUUCUCUUCCGGAGUGGCAGCCUCCGGGAGAAGCUUCGGGCCAUCCUGAAGGCCACGUACACCCACUCUUCUAACCUGGCCUGCUUCGUGUUCACCUACAAGGGCCUCUGUGCCCUGCAGUCCCACCUGCAGGGAGAGACCCACCCGGUGCACUCGUUCCUGGCUGGCUUCCUUGGGGGCUUGCUGGUGUUUAGAGAGAACAAUAACAUCAACAGCCAGAUCAACAUGUACCUGCUGUCACGCGUCCUAUUUGCCCUGUGCCGCCUGGGAGUGGAGAAGGGCUACAUUCCCGAACCCAAGUGGGACCCAUUCCCAUUGUUCACCGCGUUAGUGUGGGGGCUGGUGCUGUGGCUCUUUGAAUACCACCGGCCCACGCUGCAGCCCUCACUGCAGUCCUCUAUGACCUACCUGUACGAGGACAGCAAUGUGUGGCAUGACAUCUCGGACUUCCUCAUCUACAACAAGAGCCGUCCCUCAGAGUAACAUAGCCCUGAGGUGCUUAUGGGGGCUUCUACCUGAGUAGGCUCUGGGCGGUGUCCAGUUGUGGCUUGAGAUUGGCUCCAUCAGUGAAACCUCCCAGAGGAUCCUGCUUUCUCAAGAUCAUGGCUCUCAGACUCCAACUUUCAUUAACCCAGGGUUCCAUUGUCCAAAGCAGAAGCACCAAUUUUCCAAUCUCAUUAGGUACUCUUGAAUGGUGGAAUAAGAGGCUGAGUCAGGCUGAGGAACCUAAGGCAUGGUUCCAGCGUAUUGCUCACUUCUGUGAGACCUGGGAAAGUCACCCUUCUCUCUAGGCCUCAGGGGUCAUGGAGCUCAGAGGAGGGCCCUGAAAUCUCUUUCUGGUGGGUAUGUUCUUUGUUCUUAUGCUGGUGGGCAGUGGGUUUGCAAAUAUGUUUUUACAAAAUAUUAAGUUCCUUUUCUCGAGUGUUCUAUUGGAGAAGCUCUAGAGUUUCACUGUCCAAUAGAAACAUAAUGACAGUCAUAUAUGUAAUUGAAAUUUUUCUAGUAGCCACAUUAAAAAAAAGUGGGAAGAAGCA